GCCCCUCAUGUUAACCCCUUCCUGCCCAGUGCCAUUAGUACAGUGUCAGUGCUUUUUUUUUUUAGCACUGAUCACUGUGUUGGUGUCACUGGGGAUGUCAGCGACGCCAUGUCAGUUCCCCCCAGUGUCAGAAUGCCCACUGCAUCACUCAAUCCCGCUAUAAGUUGCUGAUCGCUGCCAUUACUAGUAAAAAUAAAAAUGUAUAUACUGUAUUGCCAUUUGUAGAUGCUAUAACUUUCACGUAAAACAAUUCAUUUACACGAAUUGGAAUUUUU